CUUGCCUCCUCCGUUCCCUUGCCACGACUCACCAGAUUGUAUCACUGCCUAGCAUGGGCUGGGUCGGAGUCGCAACGCUGAUUGCGGCUGCAUGUUAUCUUAUUUACCGACAUCCGCCUGCUACCUGGGCGCCUCAGCCUCAGCCUGAAUCUCUGCCUGAGAAGACAUCCGCGAAACCGCCCACUUCUGAGAGCACCAGAAACGCGGCAGAGACUCUGGAGCCCGACGUCCCCAUAGAAGAUACCCAAAGCACUCCCAAGGCCUCUGCGACGAACGUGCCUUCUGUUGAGAUACCGUCCUUACGCCUGGACAACGAGGCCAAACCAGAUGUCGCGCAAGUCCAUCAAUCCCGCCACAAUGGACCGCUAGACCCCUUUUCCCCUCCAUCGACAACAGCAACAGCAGCAGCGACAGCACCGACAACAGCAAUAGCCUCCCAAACCAAACCAAGCAAUGGAAGUCUCAUGCCUCCGCCACCGCUACCGGUUCCACAAAUCACCCCUCCCUCCGCCCAACCGUCCGCGACAGUUCCAACUACUUCCGCCAAAAACACGUCCAUGCCUCCGCCACCCCUCCCCCGACUCCGCCCAACAGCAACCCGACAGCAGCCACAGCAAUCACUAUCAUCCUCCCUGACCGCAGGACGCUACCCUCCGCGCCCAACAAACCCCGCCGCCGGGCUAGCAGGAUCCCUGCACCCACCUCCAUCCGCAGCCUCCUCCCUGCGCGCACCGCCGAGCCGCACCUCCCCCUCCUCCCUCGCGCCGACCAAACUGAACGUGAAGCCCCUCUCGUCCUCCGCGUCGAACAAGAACAAACACAUCCUCCAACCGGGGUACUCGCCGCUGGACUGGGCCGCCCUGACGUCCAACCCGAACAACAACCUUCGGGGCAAGAACCUGCCCCCGACGCUGAUUCGGGUGACGCCGUCGAUGCUCAAGGCGCAGAACGGGCGCAAGGGGGCCGACGCAUGGACGUCCUACCAGGGGAAGGUGUACAAUAUCACGCCGUAUCUGCCGUUCCACCCGGGCGGGAAAGGGGAGUUGCUGCGCGGGGUGGGCAAGGAUUCCGGGCAGCUGUUCAUGGAGAUCCAUCCGUGGGUGAAUUGGGAUGCGAUUCUGGGGGAGUGUUUGGUUGGGAUUUUGGUGGCGGAGACGGAGACAGAGAGCUUUGGAGAGGUGAAUGAGUUGGAUGCGAUGGAUUGAGCUGGAAGGGGAGCUGGUGUUGCUUUAGACGAUGAUACCCUAGAUUUGUGACUGUGAUAUAUAUGGAUAUAGGUAUAGCACCACUCAUAGAAUAUAUCAACUGACUAUGCUGUCC